CCAGUGACGACGACGUGCUAACGAGUUAGCCGGCUAGCUACUGCUAUCUAGUGUGUGCGCGGUGGAGGUGAUUUAUAUAUGAUACUGAAUAAUUCUCCACAAUAUAUUGCGUUUUAUUUAUAGGUGAGCCAUCCAGGUCAUAUAAUAAUGCCCAGCAAAAAGAAGAAAUACAACGCCAGAUUCCCUCCGGCGAGGAUUAAGAAGAUUAUGCAGACAGAUGAAGAAAUAGGCAAAGUGGCUGCAGCAGUACCUGUUAUUAUAUCGAGAGCCCUGGAGCUUUUUUUGGAAUCAUUGCUCACAAAGGCCUGUCAAGUCACCCAGUCUAGGAAUGCAAAGACAAUGACAACAUCACAUCUAAAGCAAUGUAUCGAGCUGGAGCAACAGUUUGAUUUCCUGAAAGACCUGGUGGCAACGGUGCCGGAUAUGCAGGGCGAGGGGGAAGAGAACCACACCGAGGGGGGAGGAGAGAAAGUCCCGCGCAGGGGUCGGAAACCAGGGUCUGGCCGCAAGAAUGGAGGGGCUGGCUCCAAAGGCAAGGACAAGAAGUUGUCUGGCACAGAGUCAGAGCAAGAGGAUGACUCUGAGGACAGUGAGACAGAUGGAGAUGAGGAGGAUGGCUCUCAGUCAAGCACAAAUCUGCAGGCUGCAUCCAGGUUCCACAGCUCAAACGCACCCCCCCAGUACAUGCACAUGGGCAACAUGGUGUCAAUGGGCAACUUGGCUCCAGCACAGCCCCAGGGCGGCAUGGCCUUCGCCCCCCACCCCUCCAUGAUGAGCGCCGCACCGCCUCCCCCACCCCCUGCGCCGCACAAAAAUGAGGACGACGACGAUGAAGACUAUGACUCUUAGCUCCCUCUUCCCUCCUCCUCCACCACUCUCGCACACGAACACACACACACAGACACACACAGUCUUUUCAACAUCAUUUUCGAUUUUUUAAGUUCUUGCGGUGGGCGCUCUAAGCAGAGGAGGGAAAGACUCUUCAUCGCAGCCCGCUGACAGAAAAAGCCUUCGGCAGCAGGCUGUAAGAGACACCGCCGCAGGAGACAGAAAACUGGUUGUAUAUUAUGUGUUUUAAUUUUCCCUUUUCUUUUUCUUUAUUUUUUUUUUUAAAAAAAGGUUUUAUUUUAUUGUAGAGGAAAAUCCAAUGAGGAUGUUUUUUAACCAGUCAGUCAUUCUAUUUUGAAUUUUUUUUUUGAAUUUUUAAAAAUGGCAGUCGUCACUGUUUUUGCCAUGAGCCCCCGCAGACAGGAUAGGUGUGGUUUGUGUUGCCUUGUAGCUUUUUCUUUUGGCACUUUUUCUUUCUUCCUCAAUCCUCUGUAGUAGACAUUAUGAAGUGGACAAAUCAGUCACUCAAACCCUCAGGUUGGCUGAAAAAAAAAAAAAACUAUAAGUGGUAGUUAAAGUCUUAUAAUAGCCUUUGAUGCUCAUACGAAGGCGGCUAGUCGAGAUGGGUUCAGGGCAACAGUUUGUAAAGUAUUUUGAAAGAGAUCAGCACUUGUGGAAGGGAAAAGGAGGUCAUCGUCUCACCCAUGAAGUGUUCUAUUACUAUGUUAUCGAUUGGCUAUGAAAUACUGCUGUUAAGAUGUGAGCCCUACUUCCCGGCUUUGUCACAACGUGCUAGUCAGUCCAAUUGUCAGGCUGUAACAUAAACAAGGAAGCAGGUGUAUUUUUACUAUAGGUUAGCUGGCCCGCAGCUUUUUUGAAUUUGUUUCUAUUUUUAAUUCACGUUUUUAUCAAGAGAACUGUAAACCUCCAAGACAACAGCCCUGAAUUCAACCAUAUCAGCAGGUUAAUGAUUUACGUUUGGUUCGUUGUUGUUUUUGACGCUGUCGGAGGUAAGUUGCUCUGGCAGUUGGACCCGGUACAUUAUUUUAUACAACCAUUCAGUUGCCCAUCAGAAGUAUACUGUUACCCUUGGACCAUAACUUUGUUUUUAAAGUUGUUUGUCGCCUUUUUUCCUCUCUAAUUUCUAUUUUGGCCACCCCUCCAAUUUUUGAGUAACUUUCCUCUUUAUCAACAUUUUUUUCCCUCUUUUAGCUUGUUUUAAACGUAUCCAUUGAAAGCAGAGAUGGGGCUCCCAUUUAUGUGUCAGUCUCAGUAUGAAAUGUUUCCGAAUAGACAGUUGAAGUUGACACUGUAUUGUAAAACUUUUAACAUUCUUUUUAUUUUGUAUGGGUGAAAUAAAGUUCAUAUUUCAAUUAAAAAAA